UUUUAUCAUAGUAUCUCUUCAGUCUCAGAAUAACGUUCGGCUUGUUAGCGUAUGAAAAAUAAAUUUUCAAAUCAAUAAAUUAAAUAAAUUAUUGUUGACUUAAAAGUAAUAAUUAAUGAGUGUGAUACGGAUUUAAAUAUAACUGAAGAGUUACUUGUGCAGAGUAGUUAUUUAUCAAUAAUUAUUAGGAAGAUUUGAUAUAAUCUAAUGGCUGGAAUUGCCAAUUCCGCUUUUUCAGAGGUAGAGAGAAAAAUUAGUGGACAUAAUUUAAGAAUUUCCAUUGAUCUUACUAAUAAGGAAAACAAUGGUGAGGAACAAAAAAAGUACAUCGAAAGUAUUGACAGUGAGGUAAUUUAUCUUUUUUAUCUAACUUAUUUUUCUUGCAAUCGAAAAAAAAAAAAAAAUCAUUUAUUGCAGAAUUCUGAAAGUUUAAAAAAAGAAACAAAAUUUCAACUAUGCUUUUCAAAUAAAAAUGCACUUAUAAAAUACUUCGGAGUAAUUGCAAUAAAUAUUGUCGUAUUGAUCUACUUAAUUUUUGCAAGUCUUUAUUGGUCCAAAAAUAACAAUAAUUGUGUAUUCGAGUGGUGCGACGGGUAUGGAAUGCUCUUACUCCUCAUAUCAAUCACGUACUUAAGUUUGUGUUACUACUUUAUAAUAAAAAAGUAUUUUUCCAAUGCGAUAAAACUUAUUUUCCGACCGUGCUGCGACUGCUUGGAGUUAAUCAACCGAAUAAGAUACGCAUCAUGUUCAAUAAAAUCAUUAUUCUACUUAAUUAUACUGGCGUCAGUAAUAGUCUUUUUGAUCUACGACACGAUUGGGUCAAGGGAUCGUUUAAUAAGCUGUAUUGGGAUGUUUGUCAUGCUUUCAUUUGGUCUAUUAUUCUCUAAGUAUCCACGCAAGAUUAAUUGGAGACCUGUAAUCUGGGGUCUAAUCCUUCAAUUUGGCUUCGGAAUCUUAACAAUUCGUUGGUCAGUUGGCAGAAUGAUUUUCCAAUGCUUAUCAAACAAAGUAGCAAAAUUCCUAAAUUACGCCGAAAGCGGCUCAAAAUUUGUCUUUUCUGACCAACUUGUAGACAGUAAAGUUUUUGCAUUUUCCGCUUUACCAGUGAUAUUCUUCUUUAGCUUUAUGAUCCAAAUUUUGUACUACCUGGGCGCCAUGCAAUGGGUGAUACUAAAAUUGGGGUGGGCUUUACAUGCAGUAAUGAGUACAACUGUAUGUGAAUCUCUCAAUGCUGCUGCCAAUACUUUCCUUGGAAUGACAGAAUCUCCAUUAUUGAUCAAACCGUAUAUUAAUAAACUGACGACAUCAGAAAUACAUUCUGUAAUGACAUCUGGCUUUGCUUCAGUUUCUGGGACGGUACUAGCAGCGUACAUAAGUUUUGGCGCCCAACCAGCGCACUUAAUAACAGCAUCAGUAAUGGCAGCACCAGCAUCACUAGCCUUCUCAAAAUUAUUUUACCCUGAGACUGAAAAGAGCCAAACAACGUUCAAAAAUAUCCCGCUUUCAAAAUCAGAGGACACUAGUGUAAUGGACGCCGCUACAAAGGGAGCUCUAGCGGGAAUCCCCUUAGUUUUGGGAAUCAUAGCCAACAUAGUGGCGUUCGUGUCCUUCAUUUCGUUUUUCAACGCCAUUUUGUCGUGGUUUGGCGGACUGGUAGGUUUCGCGGAUUUGACCUUCGAAUAUUUGCUAUCUAGAGCGUUUAUGCCGCUGAGUUGGAUAAUUGGGGUUCCUUGGGAUCAGUGUGAGGACGUAGCUACUCUCAUUGGGCUCAAAACGGUAGUAAAUGAGUUUGUGGCUUAUCAAAAGUUGGGAGAGUUUAAAAAAUUGGGCAAACUUACCCCGAGAGUCGAAGGAAUUGCUACUUUUGCCAUUUGCGGAUUCGCUAAUCCUGGCUCGGUAGGAAUUAUGAUGGGGGGCUUGGGUCAGUUAGCGCCCGAUAAGAGGGAGCAAAUUGCCGCUGUUGCUAUUAGAGCUUUCAUUGGUGGAUCUAUUGUUUGUUUUAUGUCCGCUUCUAUUGCUGGUAUGUUAAUGAAUGAGGAAUUUUAUGAAUCGUUAGGAAAUAAUUCUACGAUGUAUUAAAAGAGUAUUUUUUUAUUUUUAAAGUAAGAAAUUUAAUUAAUAUAAAGUCUGUGGAAAAUUUUUUUAAAAUUUUCUUUAAUACUUAGUUUAUUAAAAUGAAGUCUUUAGUAGUGAGAAAAUUUAGCGACAAUGCGCCACCUGCUGGGAAUUU